AUGCGACACAGCCUUAACAAUGUGUUCCCUUCUGCUGGAUCUCCUGUAGGAAGUUGGUGUGUUGGUGUCCACUCCCCAACGUUAUCUACGCAUUGCUCCUCAGCCUACUCUGGAGGCUUCAGUGGUUCAUUAACCACUCAUGGUGGGUCAAGAAGAGUUCCACAAACCACAUCUGGACAAAGAUUUGGAAGUGUGUUGGGUGAUUACAGCCAUGAAGUGGGCAAUUCUGGUUGGAAAAAUGAUGUAGGGUUCCAUAUAAAUUCAAAGGAAACAAUGCAGCUCCUCAAUGAUCGAUUGGCUUCUUACUUGGAGGAGGUGUCAUGCCUGGAAGAGGAAAACAGAGAUUUGGAGAGAAAAAUAAAAGCCUGGUAUGAAAAACAUACUCCACAAGCUGCACCUGACUAUGGGAAGUACUUCAGCACCAUUGAUGACCUCCAAACAAAGGUACAACAUGGGCAUGAGAAUAAAAGCGGUCACUUGUAGAUGAUGAGAUAAUUUGUAAAAGCCUGUUACGUGAUGAUAGUCAAAUUACAUACAAUUAUUGAAUUAUGGAAAUGUUUUGAAGACAAAACACUAGCAUCCAAAAUCAUGCAACCUAAAUCUAUACCUCCGGUUUAAAUGGUGUAGAUUAUUUGGUUUAAAGAAAUAUGGGUAUACACAAUAUAUUGCAUUGCUUAAUUCCAGGUAACCAAGAACAACUGUCAGACAUCUGUGCAUGUGAAAGAAGACUAUUAUCUCCAAUGGGCUCCAAUUUAAAACAUGGUCUCUUUGGCAUAUUGCCCUUGUGCAGACAUUAUGGGAAUAGCAUGUAGCACUCAUAAAUAUAACAUUACAAUAAAAACAUGUGAAUUAAAGAGGAUGUCUUUAUUGGCUAAAUUAAACAUGAUUACACAUAUGUAUCCCACUGCAUUUUCAAUUAGCCAUAUUUUUAUUAUUAGGGCAUUGUUUUAUUAUAAAUGUUUCCUUUAAUCUUGAAAUCUAUGUAUCGCACUGCAUCAAGGCAACCUUCGGAACUGCAGAUUUCGUGGACUACAUCUCCCUUGAUCUAGAGAAUGUAGUAACUAAUUAAUAGGUUAUAUAAAUUUUAAACUAUAUAAAUGUUUAUUGACAUUUCAUUUUCUCAUCUUUCUCAGACUGCUGAUGCUAUCAUUGAAAAUUCCAGUCUUGUUUUGCUGAUAGACAAUGCCCGUCUGGCAGGAGAAGAUUUGCAAAUCAAGUAAGGACAAAUGGAGAAAAAUUAAGUGAGAAGAGGUAGUAGGAGCUACAGUAUAGUCAAGUAAUUAAGGGAUUUCUGGUAAAUUAUUUUGGAUACAAUAUAGCUGGUUCUAAAAGUCAAAAUUCCAUUUCAAUCAGGUACUAACUGUUUGCAAUCUAUUUGUUACGUGCUUACCAGAAGUACUGUCUGUGACAGUGGUUUCCAAUCCAGUUCUCGGGGUUCACUGGUAAUGCUGGUUUUAGACAUUUCCCAAUUCUGUACGUGCAUUGAACACUGGUUUUGGAACAACUAGUCUGGUGAAUUUUUAGAAAUGAAAAACCAGAGAGUGAAAAUGUGAUCUCGUUUUUAUAAUUUUAUAAUUAUUUGUAAUAGUUCUACAAUAUAAUUUCACUUGUCCUAUUUUUGAUACAUAAGAUACAAUAUGGAGUUGAGCCAACGCAACACUGUGGACGCAGAUGUAAGCAGUCUACGCAGGGGUCUUGAUGUUUUUACUUUGGAAAAAUGUGACCUGGAACGUCACUUUGAAGACCUCAAGGAGGAAAUAUUACAUUUGAAGAAGAAUCAUGAAGAGGUAAUGUGUUGAGCAAACUAUAACAAAGAUCAGAAAACAAUAAAAUGUAUAGCACUGAUGUAAGUACAAUAUCAUAGAACAGAGGGUCGGUGUGACAUUGCUUGAUUGCUCUACAUAGACCAGACUUUUUUUGUCUAUUACUUUUAUUGAUUUUCAAUAAGGAUUCGAUGCAGAAAAUGUAUACAGCAAUAGGCAUACAAAAUUGGUAUAUAGACACGAGGCAAGUAUGCUGAGGUGUAUCUUCCAUAUUCUAAGUGAAAAGCCUCGGUAGAAAUAUUUUAUCAACAGGUUUAACAAUAUCUAAUCGAGAACCAUAAAGAUCACAGAUAUGUCUGGCCGGGCAAUGUGGUAACUAUAUAGUAUAACUUACAAUGAUAAUGUUUUAGAGCUGGGUCAUGUCCAAUUAAGGGCCCCAUCACACCCUUUCAUCUCUUUUCCUUUUCCCCUUUAAAGCAGAUUUAUCAUUAGGAUCCAAAUUUCCCAACCUUAACUUGAGCCUAGAAGAACCCUACAUUUAUUUGUUCAUUAUGUUCAUUCAUUCACAAUCAUUUUGCUUUCAUAGGUAAAACAGAAACAUGGAUACUUCUCAUAAAUAAUGCAACCUGUGCUGCCCUUAUAUCAGUAUCCUUUAUCUUCUCACACUCUCCACAUCCCACUAGAGCUGAAAGACAGCAUGGUCAUAUAUUCUUAUAUCACUCUGAUGGAAUUGGGUACCUAACCACAUUUCCUUACCAUAUCUCCUCUAGAAACCCAAAGGCUCAUAUGCUUUGUUAUAGUGAAUUUGGCUAAUAUCUGCCACCUCAUCCUUUACCAAACUUUUUUUUUUUUCCUAAUGCUAUAGUGUCCCUUUCCCCCUAGUGUCCCUUACCCGCCUCCAGCGAACAGAAGGUUAAAAGCAAAAGUGCUCUAUCGAUCUCCUCCUCCAGGAACAUCACAAUAAUGAAAAAACAUAACGUGUAUGCACAUUAAAGCUUCCCCAUCGGAAAGCAUUGGAUCAAUGAUGCUUGAGGACACUUGAUGCAAAGUAUUACAAUGCCCAAUAUAAUUUCACAGAGUUAACCUCCAUGAAAAUCUAAGUACCUACAUGGAAGACAGCCACUAGAGGUUGUUUUAUCCCUGCAUUGUAAAUAUUGUAAUUUCUCUGAAAUGGCAAUGUUUUACAUUACAAGGUUAAGGAGACAGGGACACUUUAUCUAGGCCACUUCAAUGAGUUGAAGUGGUUUGGGUGCCUAUAUUGUCCCAUUUUGUGAUUAAAUCUGUGUAUUAUCAGUGCUGCCUGUGCUUUAGCUGUGACACAAUUUCAGCAGUAAAACAAGCCCUAACCAUCAGGAAGUAUGUUAGAAUGGGGGAGGGUGUGGGGCAAAUAUGUAUUUAUUUAUUUUGUAAAAAUACUACAACAUUGAGUACAUUCACAUGUAAUUAAAUAAGCCAAAAGCUGUAAGGUGUAAAUAUGUUGUUUUUGGUAUUUGGGGGUUUCCUCUACAUCUAAUGUUUUGGUUUUAUUUUUGUAGGAAGUGACUCGCCUUCGUGCUCAGCUCGGUGCCAGAGUUAAUGUGGAAGUCAAUGCUGCGCCUGCAGUUAACCUCAACAAGGUUUUAACAGAAAUUCGAGAAGAGUAUGAAAAGUUGAUGGAACGGAAUAUAAAUGAUGUGGAGAACCGGUUUAUCAGUCAGGUGUAGCCUUUCUUUCUUUUCUUUUCUUUCUUUUGUUCUUUCUUUCUUUCUUUCUUUCUUUUUUUCUCAUGACACAAAAUAACUGUUUACUCUAUUUUGUAAAUCUCUUUUUUUUCUAUCAGAGUGAAGAACUAAAUAGCCAAGUGCUUGACAGAACUGAAAAUUUAGAGUCCAUGAAAAGUGAGACCAUUGAGUUGCGCCAUACUGUGCAAACCCUACAGAUCGACCUACAAACUCAACUUAGCACAGUAUGUUUUAAUGAUUUCAGCAAAAGAAAAGCGAUCAUUUGUAACAUCAUCAUGUUUUGUGUCCAUAUCUCAUUGCACAAAAUCAAAACAAUUUAUUCUUUUAAAUUCCAAGAACUUUGAAGUUCAAUGAAAUUGAAAAAACUUAAGGAUGUAGGGCAGGGGUGGGCAACCAGAUGUAGUGGACUACAUCCCCCAUGGCAUCAUGGGAGGUAUAGUCCAAAACAUCUGGUUGUCUAUGCCUGCUGUAGGGUAUGGCAAACCUUGAUAACAUCUGGAUAAUCCAUAAAACAAAGUGAAAUUUUAUUUCAAAUUUGAGGCAAACCAGAGCAGACAAAUAUGGGGUCCAUUUGGAAUCAUAAUGCUUAACAUCUAUGUGAAAUUAUGCAUGGAUAAUAUAUAUUGUAUGCUUGAGCAUGCAGGUAUCAUGUAUAAAACAGCUAAAACAGGUGCCGUAGUGCACUGCCUUUGACUAUCUUCUAGUGGCUGAUAAUGCUGCAGUGUGUACUUCAUCCAGUAGAAAUUAAAGGGUGUUAGUGCAUAAACAGUGGCAAAUUAUACAUUUUUGCAAAAAUUUGUUUUGGCCAGCUCAUUCAAUGUUUUGGCCAUAUCCAAACCAAUCGAUCCAUGUGGGAUCUACCUGUUGAUAAGACUCCACAGGUAAAUUCUGGAAGAACCAAUUAGUUUGGGUGUGGAUUAAAUGGAAUUUGUUUCCAACGAAGCUGCCAAAACACAUUUUUGGAGAAGUCUACUUACAAUGAUGACCAUAUAUCUCAGUAAGAGCAUUACAACAGUAAUGUAGAAUAAUUAUGACAGAUUACCUAGAAUUACAGAAUUAUGUAUCUUCACAUGCCAUAUGAUGCCUCUUUUGAUAGUUCUUUGACUGGGCAGGACUAGAAGAUGAAGCCAUAUCCACCAGAGAUAGUAACAAAGUUGGUGCCCAGAGGUCUGUCCAAUGGCACACACCAUUGGAAUUAAUUCAGUGGCUUCCCAGGACAUCUUGCCGCAUCCAUGUCCACUUUUGACUUUACACCAAAAUAGAACCAACCUUUUGUCAGAUUAAGAGAGUUGAGCAGAUUUAUAAAAAAGGAUGUGGAGUUCCUUGGCCACAAAAUGAACCAGGUUCUUGGUGAACACCCCCUUCUCUUUCUUCCACCUGUAAUACAUUGACCUCCAUUAGUAUUUGCUUCCAUAUAUUUACUAUAUGUCUUCAUUAACAAAAAUACACACACAAUAAUUUUCUAAAGAUGGAUAUAAUUUUAUGUGUCACAAAACAAUUUAUUUUGGCACUGGGGCUUUAAUUCAAAUUUUUUUAGAGAUAUUUCUUUUCACCCAUAAUUAUUUAUCCAUCUCAACCCUUAUAUAAUGCAUAUUUCUAUAUUGUAUUUAUUUGAAGGAUGGUAAUAGGAUUUGUAAACAUGUUCAUAACAUGGAAGGCAAGAUAGAAUUAACCUUUCAUUUGUUUUGCUCUGGUUUCUGGUUUUAGAAUUGUGCCCUGGAGGAUACUUUGACAGAGACAGAGAACAUCUACAGAUCCCAACUCUCCCAGUUACAAGGUUUUAUUGACAGUAUUGAAGACGAGCUUGGGCAGUUUAGAUGGGACUUGGCACGUCAACAUCACGAGUACAAGAUUCUAAUGGAUGUCAAGACUCGCCUGGAGAUGGAAAUCGCCACUUAUCGACGUCUUCUGGAAGGGGAAGACAUUUAGUAUGUAUAGAAGGACGUAACGCCACAUACAUCUAAUGCUAUAUUUUUAUUGCCGAUAAUUGGUCAUCAAAAAGGGCUUAUAUAUUUUAUUUAUUCUUUUUUUCUUUAUUUAAUGAUGGCACUGUGAUAGCCAAGUCAUAUAUUGUAAUGAGGGGAAGUACCAUCAUUGGCUAACCAGUUAUAAUGCCAUUGUAAGCUUUCAAGACUACUUAUGUCUCUUCUUCAGACCUAAUUAUUAAUCACCACAAAAUUCUAUCUUUGUCCAAACAUGUAUUUAAGAAGAGAUGGGGCAGUCUUCCAUAUAUUCUAAAUUGAAAGGGGGAAAAAAGUAAAAAUGUGUGACUUUCUGGGGGAGAAAAUGUGAGGUAAUGAAUUGAAUGUGUAUUGCUAACUAAGUACCCAAUUUAGUAUUGUUGGAUAUUUAUUUUUUUAUUUUUCAAAUUAUGCAACAUUUUGGGCUAAACUUUAAAAUGAUUUACCAUUAUGAAAAACAUUGUCAUUUUGUGAUAUUUUGAUUUUUUUUUCUUUAUAUUUUUGAUAUUGUAAUAUUCUAAAAAAAAUUUUAAUAACUUUAGUCAAAAAUGUUAAAUGCUUUGUAAGGCUUAUCCAACAAUACUAAAUCGAGACCCAAGUGUGCAUGCCUUGUAUAAAUGCAUGCCGUUACUAUUAUGUACAUUCAUUUAACAAUAUGCAUACACGUGUACUCAUACACAAGACACAUUCUUUCACAUAUACCAUACAGACAGAAGGUCUUUACCUAUAAUGGAGUAUACAUAUGAUGAAGAUUGCAUGGACCAGGUUGGACGUAAGACUUCCAAAACAUAUAAUGCAUCACUGGAGCCAAUUCAACAUUUUUAGAAAUUUUGGCAAUAAAAAUAUCACCUUCCCUAAUAGUAAGCAGAGUUAAGGGGCUUGUUUGAAGUGUUUGUACUCUGAUAUUUUAAGCUGCGAGCGAUUCUUUACAUCCUUUGUUACAGCAAACCACUAAACGUUUCUCUGGAUACCAUUCUAUUAUAAUUUAAGUACACUCACCAGAAUGAAUAACACUUUAUGUUUGAACACACACAAUAUUCAGUAUCGUGAACUUUAACCCUAUGUAUCUAAAUAUUUGUCUUUUCUUUCAGUGUUCCCUUAUCCCAUUACUCAGAAAACAAAGGUAAAUAUGAUAUGAAUAAUUUGAAAACCUUAUUGUAACCCUCAAGAUGAUAAGGUAGACUGACUUGGAAAUCCAUCAACUGUUAGAAGAGUCAACUGUAUGCCGAAUUAAAAGUUUGCAUAAGCCAGCAUUUGUUUAGCAAGUCAUACCAUUGGCUAAUCAUCAGAUGGUCUUUAAAACUGAGAGGUUGACAGUUGGUUAUUCAUGAAAAAUGUUUAAAGUAAAUAUAUUUAUGGACCUCAUAGGGUCAAUGGAUUUUUAUCCUUCCGUGUAGAAAAACAUCUCAUGCUUUGUUAUUAGACUGGACGUAUUAUUUUUCUCUAUCGUACUUUGUAUAUUUCAGUUUAUUAAACAAUCCAGGAGUUUAUGAUUAUGGAAGCAGUUAAUGCUCUUAAGAGUUUAGUUUGUUCCCCUUCCCCAACCCUGAUAAGUUGCUUCAAUCUUUUGAUCUAAGCAAAUUUUGGCCAAGUCGGAAAAGCGAGAAGAUUAGAUUGUAUUUCAAGGAAGAAGUAAUUAGUUGUGUACAUUUUAUCCUGAAGUCAUUGAAAAUUCUGAAAACACGUUUGUCUGUCAUAGGACAAUAUCUGACCUUUCACUAGGCACCUACAUUGAAAUAAAAUAUUGCAGGGCUGAACAUAUAAUUAUCAACUGUAAAUAUUACAUACAUGGAAUCUUUUUUAAUAUCUAAUUAAUUUCUGUUUUAGACUCUCGCAGUGGAUUGAAAAUAUUUUCCAUCACAGAAGAGUUUGAAAAUGGUAAAAUUGUGAGCAAAUCCACCAUAUUAAGAGAUGAUCUUAACUAUAAAAAUCUGAACAUUCGAAAUCUAUAA